UGUAAGGCAGAAGAAUUUGAUCAAACCAUUCAGGAAAAGGGCUGCGAAGCCAAAGUCAUUCAGAACAAAAUUUGCAUUGGGCAAUGCUUCUCAUAUUAUGCUCCCGGUACCCGCCCAAGAAAGGAUUUGACCGAUAAGAGGGUAAAGUACUGUGAUACUUGUAAGCCUUCACUGAGGAGCUGGACCAAAGUCAGCUUGAAUUGUCCUGGUGCAAAACAUCCCCAUGUUGACAAACUGGUGGAGGUGAUCUACGAUUGCACGUGUCAAAAGUGUGUNCUCGUCGUUAUUUUCAUCACGCUUGUACUGUUAGAAACCAGCAAAGCUAAGCCUAGAGGGAAAGGCAAAGGCUUCGGUUAUCUAACCUUCUCUGAGCAAGACAAGCUAUCUUUGCCGUGUAAGGCAGAAGAAUUUGAUCAAACCAUUCAGGAAAAGGGCUGCGAAGCCAAAGUCAUUCAGAACAAAAUUUGCAUUGGGCAAUGCUUCUCAUAUUAUGCUCCCGGUACCCGCCCAAGAAAGGAUUUGACCGAUAAGAGGGUAAAGUACUGUGAUACUUGUAAGCCUUCACUGAGGAGCUGGACCAAAGUCAGCUUGAAUUGUCCUGGUGCAAAACAUCCCCAUGUUGACAAACUGGUGGAGGUGAUCUACGAUUGCACGUGUCAAAAGUGUGUCAGAGAAUCAAAAUCAAAGCAUAGGAAAAACCGUAAAAAACGUUAA